GGAGAUUUCACGUGAGAAACGGACCUCAAGCCCCCCUUUUCUCUCAUCCUGCGUCUGCGGCAGUUUUUAAAGGCUCUAUUCUGCUCUUUUUCACCCCCCUCUUUUCCCCCUCCCCACCCUAUUUCACACGGAUUAUGAGGACGUUCAACGCACUGGGAGUACGACAAAAGAUUUUAGCAUGUUGGACUGCUGCUUGCGGUUCUGCAACUAUAGUUUUUAAUUAAAUCCCAACGCGGUGAAUGCGUCGGACGGAGUGGACGAGCCCGCUGCUGGAGGUCCGCAUUGAGAAAGUCAUCAUCUUCUCUUUGGUUUUUUAUUUUCCACUUCAGAAGGAUGUAACGACCGACCUGCCGUGUGCAGGCUGAAGCGUCUCCCAUCAAAAUGCAAAAGGGAAUACGACUCAACGAUGGUCAUGUCACCUAUCUGGGGCUUUUGGCGAAGAAGGAUGGUACAAGGCGAGGGUGCUUAAGCAAAAAGAGCUCGGACAACACGAAAUGGCACUCAAAGUGGUUUGCUUUGUUGCAGAACAUGUUAUUUUAUUUUGAGAACGAGUCCAGCUCUCGGCCGUCGGGAUUAUACUUGUUGGAGGGGUGCUUAUGCGACAGGGCGCCUUCACCAAAACCUUCUCUGUCAGCCAAGGAGUGCUUGGAAAAGCAGUACUACUUUACUGUCAACUUCAACCAUGAAAACCAAAAGGCUCUUGAGUUGCGCACAGAAGAUGUAAAAGACUGCGAUGAAUGGGUGGCUGCAAUAUCACAUGCCAGUUACAGAAACUUGGCCACGGAGCAUGAGUCUCUCAUGCAGAAGUAUCUUCAUCUGCUUCAGAUUGUCGAGACAGAGAAAACAGUUGCUAAGCAACUUCGUCAACAGAUAGAAGAUGGCGAAAUAGAGAUUGAAAGGCUAAAGUCAGAGAUUGCUGGACUGCUCAAAGACAAUGAGAAGAUCCAUGCCAGCCCAGCAGCCGCCCCAACAGAAGACGACUCAGAAAUCAAAAAGAUCAAAAAGGUUCAGAGCUUUCUGAGAGGCUGGAUCUGCAGGAGAAAGUGGAAGACCAUCAUCCAGGAUUACAUCCGCUCACCUCAUGCAGAGAGCAUGAGGAAGAGGAACCAGGUGGUGUUCAGCAUGCUGGACUCAGAGGCCGAGUACGUCCAGCAGCUUCACAUCCUGGUGAACAACUUCUUGAGGCCACUGCGUAUGGCCGCCAGCUCUAAGAAACCACCAAUUACACAUGAUGAUGUCAGCAGCAUUUUCCUCAACAGUGAAACCAUUAUGUUCCUGCAUCAGAUUUUUUACCAGGGUUUGAAGGCCAGAAUAGCUAGCUGGCCAACAUUAGUACUGGCUGACCUUUUCGACAUCUUGCUACCCAUGCUGAACAUCUACCAAGAGUUUGUUAGAAACCACCAGUACAGCUUGCAGAUCCUGGCUCACUGUAAGCAAAACCGGGAUUUUGAUAAGCUGCUGAAGCAGUAUGAGGCCAAGCCCGACUGUGAGGAACGAACUCUGGAGACCUUCCUCACUUACCCAAUGUUCCAGAUUCCAAGAUACAUUCUUACACUCCAUGAGCUUCUGGCCCACACUCCCCACGAACACAUAGAAAGGAACAGCUUGGACUAUGCCAAAUCUAAGCUGGAGGAGCUUUCAAGAAUAAUGCAUGAUGAGGUGAGCGAGACGGAAAACAUCAGGAAGAACCUGGCAAUAGAACGUAUGAUCAUAGAGGGCUGCGAAGUCCUCCUUGACACCAGCCAGACGUUCGUGAGACAAGGGUCUUUAAUCCAGGUGCCAAUGAGCGAGAAGGGCAAGAUCACCCGUGGGCGACUGGGUUCUCUCUCUCUAAAGAAGGAGGGGGAGAGGCAGUGCUUUCUCUUCUCCAAGCAUUUGAUCAUCUGCACUAGGGGUUCAGGAGGCAAGCUUCAUCUCACUAAGAACGGAGUGGUCUCGCUUAUAGACUGCACUCUGAUGGAGGAGCCUGAGGGGACAGAUGACGAGUCUAAAUCCGAUAAGAGUGGCCAGGACAUGGAGCACCUGGAUUUUAAGAUUGUUGUGGAGCCAAAGGACAGUCAGUCAUUCACGAUCAUCCUGGUGGCCUCCUCCAGGCAGGAGAAGUCUGCGUGGACCAGUGACAUCAGCCAGUGCAUAGACAACAUCCGCUGCAAUGGGCUGAUGAUGAACGCUUUUGAAGAAAACUCUAAAGUCACAGUGCCACAGAUGAUAAAAUCUGAUUCAAGUCUGUACUGUGAUGAUGUGGAUAUCCGCUUCAGCAAGAUGAUGAACUCCUGCAAAGUGCUGCAGAUUCGCUAUGCCAGUGUCGAACGUUUGCUGGAAAGACUGACGGAUCUCCGUUUCCUUUCGAUUGACUUCCUGAACACUUUCCUGCACUCCUACCGCGUGUUCACCACAGCUGAUGUGGUGCUGGAUAAACUCAUUACUAUCUACAAGAAGCCCAUCAGUGCCAUCCCUGCUCGGUCCUUGGAGUUAUUCUUUGCCAGCAGUCAGAACAAUAAGCUUCUAUAUGGAGAGGCUCCGAGCUCUCCCAGAGCAAACAGGAAGUUUUCCUCCCCUCCUCCUCUUGCUAUUGCCAAAAACUCAUCCCCCAACCGCAGACGCAAGCUCUCUCUCAACAUCCCCAUCAUCACUGGGGGCAAAGCUCUUGACCUGGCUGCCCUCAGCUGCUCCUCCAAUGGCUAUGCAAGCAUGUAUUCCACCAUGUCGCCAUUCAGCAAGACCACCUUGGACAUCAACAAGCUGUACGUGUCCAGCCCGAUCACAAGCAAGAUCCCUGAUGAGGGAGAGGACAAGAAAGAUAAGGUGGAAGAUGCAUCAGUGUGCAAACAAGAUCUUUCUGUGCGAGAGGAAAGUGACAAUGAUCAAAACCAGAGCGAUGACGGGGAUCCAGAAGCAUCUCCCACCAAGUCUCCAACAACACCAAAAAACGUCAAAUGCAAAAACUCCUCAGAGUUUUCUCUGUUUUCCUACAACAAUGGCAUGGUCAUGUCCUCAUGUCGAGAGCUCGACAACAACCGUAGUGCUUUGUCUGCUGCCUCGGCCUUUGCCAUCGCCACAGCUGGAGCCAAUGAGGGAACGCCUACAAAGGAAAAAUAUCGGCGGAUGUCCCUUGCCAGCACAGGGUUUCCAACAGAUCAGAGAAAUGGUGACAAGGAGUUUGUGAUCAGACGAGCAGCAACCAACAGAGUUCUGAAUGUACUGAGGCAUUGGGUGUCCAAACACUUUCCGGACUUUGAGAGUAACAAUGAGCUGAAGACAAAGGUCAUUGCCUUCCUUGAGGAAGUGAUGCAUGACCCUGAGCUGCUGACCCAGGAGAGGAAAGCAGCAGCCAACAUCAUUAGGACUUUAACUCAGGAAGAUCAGAGUGACAACCAGAUCACAAUGGAGGAUGUGACACAAUUGGUGGGAGGGGGAAAGGCCGAGCCGUUUGAGAGCCACUCUGCCUUGGAAAUUGCAGAGCAGCUAACUUUGCUUGACCACCUGGUCUUUAAAGUCAUCCCAUAUGAGGAAUUCUUCGGUCAAGGCUGGAUGAAGAAUGAUAAAAACGAGAAGACACCAUAUAUUAUGAGAACCACCAAGCAUUUCAAUGAUACAAGCAACCUGAUCGCAACAGAGAUCCUGCGGUGUGAUGACUUGGUCACUCGAGUGGCUGUCAUAGAGAAAUGGGUGGCUGUGGCUGACAUCUGCCGUUGUUUGCAUAACUACAAUGCUGUGCUUGAAAUCACCUCAUCUCUAAACCGGAGCUCUGUUUUUCGCCUCAAGAAGACCUGGCUAAAAGUCUCCAAACAGACAAAAGCACUUAUUGACAAGCUCCAAAAGCUGGUUUCGUCAGAGGGAAGGUUCAAAAACUUGAGAGAAGCUCUGAAGAACUGUGAUCCUCCCUGUGUACCAUAUCUGGGGAUGUACCUCACUGAUUUGGCUUUCAUUGAAGAAGGAACGCCGAACUACACUGAAGACAAUUUGGUCAACUUCUCAAAGAUGAGGAUGAUAUCUCACAUCAUCAGAGAAAUCAGACAGUUUCAACAAACAGCAUAUAAGAUUGACCUGCAACCAAAGGUAGCCCAGUAUCUACUGGACAAGAGUUUUGUUCUUGAUGAGGAAAGCAUGUAUGAAGCCUCACUCAGAAUUGAGCCAAAAGUGCCCAACUGAUGGGGAAAGUGGACCUUAACACUUUGUUUCCUUUGUUAAUAUUACAUAUAAGUUAACAUCUACAUUUGCAUUUGUAUAGCUGUACAUGGUAAAGAUAUUUGUUCUUCUGUACAGUAGAUGUUUAAAGUUGUUUGAUGACACAAAUCAUUUUGGUGUAUAAUUUUUGUUGUCAUGCUGACACCUCUUGUAGGGACCUUUGUUUAAAUUGUUUGAGUAUUUUAUUAUUAUUAUUAUUUUUAAUAAUAAUAACAAUAAUAAAAUAUUAUUUAUUAAAAAUAAUAAUAAUAAUAAAAUAAAAAUUAUUGUUACAUGAUAAAAAUAAUAAUAACAAUAAUAAUAAUAGAGGUCACUGUAGUUGCAUGCAACCGUGUUUCUUAGUGACCAAUGACAUUAUUUUGCAUCAUAUAAUACUGUGUUAAAUUUGCACUUUCUGAGCACUAAAGCUGCUGGCCUUUGUUCAGCAGGCUUGAGUUUUAUUGAUCAUUGACGUUCUCUGCAACCAAUGUAGCAUUGUAUAAAUGAAUUGCAAAAAAUAAAAAAAUUAAAAAUCAGGUAAAAGAGCCCAGAGGAAAUAGGCUAAUUGUAUUUUAAAAGAGGGAACAAUGAUCAGUGGAAAUGACAGCGAGAUAUCCAAAGCAUUUGUGUCUCUGUGCUUCCUGAACCAAAAAAGGAAGAUAUUUGUGUCUUCAUUUAUGUUCAUUAGUCUAAACUGUGGUGGUUCCCAAUUGUUUUAUAUCAAUAUAUUCACAAUAUAUUUUAUUGUGAAUCAACCUAAUCCGACCAACCAGGAAUGCAAUUUAGAUGGAGCUUUGUUUAUAUCUGUUAUAUUUUACUACACAGAAUUGUGUAACUUAUUUUCUUCUUCUAGAGUAAUCCUAAUCCUGAUACCUAUUUGGCAUCCAGAAGUAGGUUGCUGAAAUCCCACAGCUAGUAUGGUCUCCUUUUGAUAUAGUAGUGUCAAUAUAAAGACAUUUUUAGCAAAUUUCACAAAAUAAGGUUUUGCUCUGGGGAUGUUUUGAGCAUAGAGUCACUUCUAAGCUGGUUCUAAACCACAAAAUAACAAUAAUUCUCCAGAACUUGCAAUCUGGUUAAAGUAUGUAAACAUUGUUUACAUGUCAGUUAGACAAAGGUAUACCGAGAAAUCUGACAACAGGGUUCUUUCUUUCUAAUUUGUAAUAAAUAUAUAUAUGCAAACAAAAACAGCUACGAUUUUAGAUUGUCAUAUUUAAGAAGAUAUUAUGCAGACUUUAUUAAAGGGCAUAUAUCACAUAUUUUUUACAACUUUUCAAUUGUGUUUAGGCUUGUAGUUGAAACUUAUCAGUUUAUUUCCAUAACAGAAAUUUAGAUAUUUUUAAAAAACCUUGAAAGAAAAAUCAGCAGAAAAGUGGUAUUUGCUCACGAUCAAAAACUGCCUUGGAAUAAAGGCAAAAUGGAAUGCCAAAUUCAUGCACUUGGUGCAUAACACAUUAGCUUUCCAAGACUAAAUGUGAUGACUAAGUUUUGAGCUCAAUUGUGAGUUCAUCCGGGAAACAUCUAUAGACAGAUUAAUAACUGAGGAGGAAAUCAAAUAAGAUCUGGUCUGACAAGGCGUAUCCCAGAGACAUGAACCUGGGGGGAUAAUGGUGCUCUAUGGUGAGCACAGUGUGUUUAAUUCACUGAAUUAGUGAAUUAAUAUUAUCAACAUCAAUAAUCAUUGAUUAAUAACUGUCAUUAAUAAUUAAUAAUUAUUAUUAUCAUAACUAACCAUGAUAAUGUUAUCAUUAUAAUAUGGUGAUAAUAAUUAGCAUAUUAUAAUAAUUAUUAUGACAACAAUUAUCAUUAUUAAUAAUAAUUAAUUAUUAUUUAUUAAUAAUAAUGAAUAUUUUUAGAACUCUUGAGACAAAAUCAUGCAAUUUGAAACACCCAAAUUCUGGCAGCUUUCAGAUAGGUGCAAUUUCUUAUCUGCUUCUAAUCAACAAUAUUAUUUUGAUGUGCACAGGCAUGCAUUUCUCAAAGAAAAGACUGUGCAACUAGCCUAGUUUAUAUUAGCAUGCAGUGAUUGUAAACAUUCCACCUUGCUCCACAUAGGCUUUAACUAAACUACAGUAAAACAGCUGCCAAUUUUUUUUCUUUUGAGGUUUUCAUCAUAUUAUUUUAUCCAAACAGAGGACACCUAAAAGUAAGAAACUGUUUAUUACCUGUUAAGUUUUUGUUAUUGCCAUCGUAUAAACUAUUGUGUCCUUAGUCUUAGUUUUGGAUUGUUCCUUCUCUUAAAUCUUAAUUUUUAGUGAUUUAUAUCUGAAAACACAAGUUUCAAAUGGAGAGAAUAUAUUUGGUGACUGAGGAAAAAUCCAUCCUCUCUGACUAUGCCUACUUCCAUUGAACUAAUCCAAAUUUGUUAAAUCUUGGAAAGUUUUUCCCCCCUGCCUCUCAUUCACCUGUUUACCCCUGAGAGUUUUAUGUCUCAAGGCGGAUGUCAUAAUAGAACAAGGAAGUAUGUUUUUCUUUUAUGCUCAGGGGGUUUGUUUUACCUUUCAAAAAGUUGAGUUUUAAAAAUUACUUUUCCACCUUUAAAAUCAAUGGAAAUGUAGAUUUUCUGGCUAUAAAAUAUGAUAUAUGUUUUUCAACUAUGAAACAUCUGUUAGAUUGUGGAGUUCCUUUCUGUCUCUGAUUUUAAUCCCACAAUUAUUUUAUUGUGUGGUAAAUGUUGUAAAGGCUUGCAAUGGUCAUCAUUGCAGGAUUUGCAAACCUCAGCUCUGAGAUGUUUUUAUUAACCUGAAAUUGAUUAAGUGUAUGUAUUAUGACAAGAAAGUGUUCUACCCCUCUUACAUGAGUGCUCCAGAAUAUCUUUAAAUAUCUUGAUUUAAGUGAGAAAUUCAGUUGAAAGCUGGAUGACAAAUUGCAGUGACUAAGACAAUUUAUGUUCUUAUGCAUUGGAAUGAUUUAAGGUAAAAUAAAAUAAAAAGGUUGCUUAAAGGUUUGACAAAACUUUACAGUUUCUUUCUUAAAAGACUGACUAAAAGACCACAUAAGGUUCUAAGUGUUAUACCUUCAAGUUUGGGUUUUACUUCUGUCGAGUAAAAGGUUGUUACUCUUCUGUAAUUAAAAAGACAAUCUGUCCUUGCUGUUCCAGUGAUUGUGGAACGUGACUGUAUAUCACUCUGUUAUAUGCAUUGCUGUUGAAAACUAUGAUAAAAUGUAUGUGAAUGACCUCUGCCUGCAGCAUUCAAACACUAUUUUUGUAGUAGUAUACAAGAGAGUGAACCUGCUCUUUAUAUGAACCUGGGGAAGUAUUUUGUACUUUGUUGUUAAUUCACUUCACUGAGACAUGCUGUACAUUUUGUACAUGCGAGCUGGCAUAUUUCUCAAUGUGGAACAGUGUAUCCCUCUCAAAAACAAGCUCUAUGUAAAAUGCUACAACAGUGUGGUCUUGAAACCAUGACUUAGAGGUAGAGACACAACUUCAAAGUGUUUUGCAUUUAUACUGUAAUCCUGUUUAUAAUCAUUUCUGUUAGCAGGAAUAUAGUAACGUAGUGCUUAUUCUGUGAAUAUCUGUAUGUAUUUUUACUAUGUAUGUACAGUACACUUUUAUGGCUCAUGUAGUAGGCAUGCAACACCUUCACAGACAGAAUUAAAUUAUUUAAUGAUAAUGUAUACACUUAUACAUGCACAUAAUCUUAUAAAGUAUUUAAACAAAUAAACAUUUUUGCUGUUAGCGAUACCCGGUGGUAUGAAAAUUAUCUUUCAAUCCUUUCGUUUCCACAGCUUAAGAAAUAUUCCCAGUUUUGUAAGAAAAAAAAAUAUGAAAAAAGAAAAUUAUGAAGAUGAACGUAACAACAAAUAAGCAAAAAUAUGUUUCCCAAUUACCUCUUGUUAAUAAAUCCAUUUUAUCUCAGG